CGGGCAGGGCGCGCCCGACUUUUCUAGAAGACCCGGAUAGCGCCGCUGGGCCACGCUGAGCCGGAUUUGGGCAACUUUCUCGCCUGGUCUUUUUUCCUUCUGCUGCUGUGUCAGCUAUGGCGGCCGUGAAGACCCUAAAUCCCAAGGCCGAGGUGGCCCGGGCUCAGGCAGCGUUGGCGGUCAACAUCAGCGCGGCCCGGGGGCUUCAGGACGUGUUGCGGACCAACUUGGGGCCUAAGGGCACCAUGAAGAUGCUUGUUUCUGGUGCUGGAGACAUCAAACUUACUAAAGAUGGCAACGUGCUGCUUCAUGAAAUGCAAAUUCAACACCCAACAGCCUCUCUAAUAGCCAAAGUAGCAACAGCCCAGGAUGACAUAACUGGUGAUGGUACCACUUCCAAUGUCCUAAUCAUUGGAGAACUGCUGAAACAGGCGGAUCUCUACAUUUCUGAAGGUCUUCAUCCCAGAAUAAUAACAGAAGGAUUUGAAGCUGCAAAGGAAAAGGCACUUCAGUUUUUGGAACGAGUCAAAGUAAGCAAAGAGAUGAAAGUGAAUUCUGGCUUUUUUUACAAGAGUGCAGAAGAAAGAGAGAAACUUGUAAAAGCUGAAAGAAAAUUCAUUGAAGAUAGAGUUAAAAAAAUAAUAGAACUGAAAAAGAAAGUCUGUGGUGACUCAGAUAAAGGAUUUGUUGUUAUUAAUCAAAAGGGAAUUGACCCAUUUUCCUUAGAUGCUCUUGCAAAAGAAGGCAUAGUAGCUCUACGCAGAGCUAAAAGGAGAAAUAUGGAAAGGCUGACUCUUGCUUGUGGUGGAGUAGCUCUGAAUUCUUUUGAUGACCUAAAUCCAGAUUGCUUGGGACAUGCAGGACUUGUCUAUGAGUAUACAUUGGGAGAAGAGAAGUUCACCUUUAUUGAGAAAUGUAAUAAUCCUCGCUCUGUCACGUUAUUGAUCAAAGGACCAAAUAAGCACACACUCACUCAAAUCAAAGAUGCAAUAAGAGAUGGCUUGAGGGCUGUUAAAAAUGCUCUUGAUGAUGGCUGUGUAGUUCCAGGUGCUGGUGCAGUGGAAGUGGCGAUGGCAGAAGCCCUGAUUAAAUACAAGCCCAGUGUAAAGGGCAGGGCUCAACUUGGAGUUCAAGCAUUUGCUGAUGCAUUGCUCAUUAUUCCCAAGGUUCUUGCUCAGAAUUCUGGUUUUGACCUUCAGGAAACACUGGUUAAAGUUCAAGCGGAACAUUCAAAUUCAGGUCAACUUGUGGGUGUGGACUUGAACACAGGUGAGCCAAUGGUGGCAGCACAAGCAGGCAUAUGGGAUAACUAUUGUGUAAAGAAACAGCUUCUUCACUCCUGCACUGUGAUUGCUACCAACAUUCUCCUGGUAGAUGAGAUCAUGCGAGCUGGAAUGUCUUCUCUCAAAGGUUGAAUUGAAGCCUCCUUUGUAUCAUCGUGAAGAGUCUUAAGAGUGACCCUAAGAAUCCAGCUGUGGAAUUUUUGUCUAAGCUUCAAAUAAUUUUCAGAGGAAUUUUCUUUUCUAUGUGAAAAAAGGAGAGAACACUGGCGCCUAUUCAAAUUUCAAAGUCUGAAAUUAUAAUUACAGCAUUUUUUUUAAUUGCACUCAGUGUACACACAUAAAGCAGGCUGUUUUCAUCCAAUAAACAGGAUGUUUUGCUUUAGCUUCAGUGAUAAAAAUAUAUGUUAGAAAAGUAUGUUACCUACCUUAUUAAAUAUUCCUUGAAAAACAAAUUUUAAUGGUUUAACAGUUUUUUCUAAUGUAUCUUAAUUUAUCCAAUAAUUUCCUAUUAAGUAUUUAAGCUUAAAAUUUUUAUAAUAAUAUAAGUAACACUUAAAUACCUUAAGGUUUUGAAAACAUCCCUGUUUUCUUACUAUAAAUUCCUGUGAGUAAAAAAACUAUUGGAUCUUUCCAUUGGGCUUUUGAAGUAGAUUUGCAUAAAAUGCUCCCCAGCGAAGUUAAGUGGUACUAGAUAGAAACAUGGGUGAACUAGAGGCGAGGGAGUUGAAAGAGCUAAAAGUAUAAAGUGGCAAAAAUAGAAAUAGAGGAGGCAGAGUUAGAAAGAGGGCUGAAUCCACAGUGACUAAGGGCUAUGUGAGGUAAAACAGAUGUUCAGAUGGGCCCCAUUUUCACACCUCUGAACUUUUGCUUAUGCUGAAAUGUCCGUCCCAAAACCUCCAGGAUCAUCUUUCUCAAAUUAUUCUCUCCUACUUGUUUCCACAAAAUUGUUUUUGUACAGUUAGUACAUCUCUGCAGUCCUUGAAGGUGAAAUUGUGUUACUAAGCUUUGUAUUUUGAGGACUUGGCAGUUGCCUACAAUGAAUGCAAUAAAUGUUAACUUGAAACCUUU